AUGCAGUCUAUUCGAGUAUUGUCAACUGGUACUGGAGAGCAACGCGGUGCUUUAGCGUUGUCAAAACUUUCUCACACUUUCCUCGCACCACUUAAGAGUGGAGACAAGUUUGUUCUAAAGGUGAAGGUCUCAGAAUCCUCAGCUGCUCGUAUAUUCUUUGAGCAUUAUAUCUACAAGUUGCCAAAUAACGAGCCGAUUCUAGAAGCAAAAUCAGUUGUUGUUCUUCUUGGCAAAAAUUACCGCCCUGUUCGUAUGCCUACAGAGGUGAAAUCCAAGUUAAGGCAGCUUAUGAUGCAUCAAGAAGCGGCGCAACGCUUAUUGAUCAUGCUAUGUCUACUGCUCCCUCGCUGUUGA